CCUCGAAUUCCAAUCUUCACCAGACCCAACCAACCACAGAUCUUGAAGAGCGAGCAAGUAACAAAAAAAAAAAAAAGAGGAGACUUUUUUUCGAAGAAUGAAAGCAGAGCUAAACUUACCAGCAGGAUUCCGAUUCCACCCAACGGACGAAGAGCUUGUGAAUUUCUACCUUUGCCGGAAAUGCGCGUCGGAGCAGAUCUCAGCUCCGGUUAUCGCCGAGAUCGAUCUCUACAAGUUCAAUCCUUGGGAGCUUCCAGAGAUGUCUCUGUACGGAGAGAAAGAGUGGUACUUCUUCUCCCCCCGAGACAGGAAAUACCCAAACGGUUCGCGUCCUAACCGGGCAGCAGGUUCCGGUUAUUGGAAAGCCACCGGAGCUGAUAAACCGAUCGGUAAACCGAAGACGUUGGGUAUAAAGAAAGCGCUCGUGUUCUACGCUGGGAAAGCUCCAAAAGGGAUUAAAACGAAUUGGAUUAUGCACGAGUAUCGUCUCGCUAAUGUCGAUAGAUCGGCUUCUGUUCACAAAAAGAACAACCUACGACUUGAUGAUUGGGUGUUAUGUCGAAUAUACAACAAGAAAGGAACCAUGGAGAAAUACUACCCUGCUGAUGAGAAACCGAGGACUAUCACGGAUCACUCAUCGUCGCCUUUUGAUACGUCGGUCUCGAGUUACCCGACACUGCAAGAGGAUGAUUCGAGCAGCUCGGGGGGUCGCGUGGUGUCACCGGAUGCACGGGAGGUUCAGAGCGAGCCUAAGUGGGGAGAGCUUGAGAAUGCUUUUGAUACUUCCAUGUUUGGUGGUGGUUCCAUGGACUUGUUGCAGAGUGAAGCUGCUUUUGUCCCUCAGUUCUUGUACCAGCCUUCUACUGAUUAUUUCAACUCCUGGCAGGACACGCAAGAGCAGAAACCGUUCUUGAAUUGGAGUUUUGGUCCACAGGGGUGAAAAAGGAAAAGAGAGUACAAGGUUUUUGGUCUGUGUGGUGGUGAUGUGUUAGGGAGAAGUUCUCAAUCAUCUUUGUUUUCUUAGGAGUGAGAAAAAAGAUUGUAGAGUGUUAAUAGUUUCUUAGCAUCAUCAACGUUUCAUUGGUAGGCAAAUUCUUGUUAUUUCAAUCAAAUAUUUAUAUGAAAAUUAUACACAUUCUUCAA